AUGGCUUUCAACUCCAUGUAUCGCGCACUGAGGUUGCGCUUAGUGAACCAUGAUGAUGAUGCCACGACUUCGGGCAUAACGUUGGAUGACUCCGAUAAACGUGUGAUACGGCUGAACGAACCGCAAGGACAAAAGUAUUGUAACAAUCAUAUCUCUACUGCGAAAUAUAGUGCCCUUAGCUUCAUACCAUCGUUUCUAUUCGAGCAGUUUCGACGGUACUCGAACUGCUUCUUUUUGUUCAUCGCAUUGCUGCAGCAGAUACCGGACGUGUCCCCGACCGGUCGUUACACCACGCUCGUACCUUUAAUCUUCAUCCUCUCGGUGAGCGCGCUCAAGGAGAUCGUCGAGGACUUCAAGCGGCACCGAGCGGACGACGAGAUCAACCACCGGGUGAUCGAAGUGCUGCGCAAUGGCCAGUGGCACUCGAUCAUGUGGCAAGAGCUGUCGGUCGGCGACAUCGUUAAGGUGCAGAACAACACCUUCUUCCCGGCCGACUUGGUGCUGCUUUCAUCCAGCGAACCGCAGGGCAUAUCAUUCAUCGAGACAUCUAACCUAGACGGCGAAACGAACCUGAAAAUUCGCCAAGGUGUCCCGACCACAGCCAAAAUACUGGAAACGAAGGAUUUCGCCCAGUUCCGUGGCACGCUGGAAAGUGAACCGCCGAACCGGCAUCUGUACGAGUUCAAUGGCGUGCUGAAGGAGCACGAUAAAUCGGCGGUAGCGCUCGGACCGGACCAGCUGUUACUGCGGGGCGCCAUGCUUCGUAACACGGCGUGGAUAUUCGGCAUUGUUAUCUACACCGGUCACGACACGAAACUUAUGCGAAACUCUACCUCAGCGCCGCUGAAGCGCUCCACCGUUGACAGACUGACAAACACGCAAAUUCUUAUGUUAUUUUUCAUUCUGAUCAUUCUCUGUAUCGUGAGUUGCAUUUUCAACCAAAUUUGGACUAACGAACAUUUUAAAACCGACUGGUACUUAGGCAUACGCAAUCUUUUGAACAAAAACUUCGCCUAUAAUCUGCUUACGUUUAUUAUUCUGUACAAUAAUUUGAUUCCAAUAUCGCUGCAAGUUACGCUUGAGUUGGUGCGGUUCCUCCAGGCAAUCUUCAUCAACAUGGACAUCGACAUGUACCACGAGGAGUCGGAUACGCCGGCGAUGGCACGAACGUCGAACCUGAACGAGGAGCUCGGUAUGGUGAAGUACAUCUUCUCCGACAAGACGGGAACGCUUACGCGCAACGUAAUGGAAUUCAAAAAGUGCACGGUUGCCCGAACAGUCUACACAGCCGAAGAUACCCCGGCCCAAUCCCGGCUGGUGCAGAACAUUAUGAACAACCACCAUACUGCACCGAUACUGCGCGAGUUCCUGACGCUGAUGGCAAUCUGUCACACGGUGAUACCAGAAAAGCAGACCGGUUGUGACGAUACGACCGACAUCCAGUAUCACGCCGCCAGUCCAGACGAGCGGGCACUAGUGUAUGGAGCCAAAAAGUUUGGUUACGUGUUUCACACGCGCACACCCUCGUUCGUCGAGAUCGAGGCGCUGGGGGUACAGGAGCGCUUCGAAAUUCUGAACGUGCUCGAAUUCACUUCGACGCGCAAACGAAUGUCGAUCAUCGCGCGCAACUCGAAGGGUGAAAUCAAGCUGUACUGCAAGGGAGCAGACACGGUGAUCUACGAACGGCUCGCACCGAACGGGGUCGCAUAUCGAGAGGCCACCCUGACCCACCUGGAAGAAUUCGCCACCGAAGGAUUGCGGACGCUGUGCUGCGCCGUCUCCGUGAUUCCGGACGACGUUUACGACGACUGGAAGCACACGUACCACAAGGCGUCCACCUCGUUGCAGUAUCGAGAGCAAAAGGUGGAGGAUGCGGCCAAUCUGAUUGAAACGAACCUGAUGCUUCUCGGUGCUACGGCCAUCGAAGAUAAGCUACAGGACGGUGUACCUGAAACGAUCGCAUCGCUGAUCGAGGCCAACAUUAGCGUGUGGGUACUGACGGGCGAUAAGCAGGAGACGGCCAUCAACAUCGGUUACUCGUGUCAGCUGUUGUCGCAUGGCAUGGACUUGAUAAUUCUGAACGAAGAUUGCUUAGAUAACACACGUAGCUGCAUCCAGCGGUAUAGCGAACGGUACGAUCAAUCAAUGCGCAAGGACAACAAUGCGGCGCUCAUUGUUGACGGCAAGACGCUUAAGUACGCACUGAGUUGUGACUUGCGUCGAGACUUUCUCGAUCUGUGCAUCUCGUGCAAGGUUGUGAUCUGUUGUCGGGUGUCGCCCAUCCAAAAGGCGGACGUUGUGGAACUGGUGACCACGAACACAAAAUCGGUUACGCUCGCCAUCGGUGACGGUGCAAACGACGUCGCGAUGAUACAAAAAGCACACGUUGGUGUCGGUAUAUCCGGUGUGGAAGGACUGCAGGCAGCCUGCGCAUCGGACUAUUCGAUUGCACAGUUCAGCUAUUUGCGAAAAUUGCUGUUAGUGCACGGGGCCUGGAACUACAGCCGAAUGUGUAAAUUGAUUCUGUACAGCUUCUACAAAAACAUCUGCCUGUACGUGAUCGAGCUGUGGUUCGCAAUCUACUCCGGGUGGUCCGGCCAAAUAUUGUUCGAACGAUGGACAAUCGGUUUAUACAAUGUAUUUUUUACUGCCCUGCCCCCUUUCGCAAUGGGUCUGUUCGACAAGGUGACCUCGGCCGAGCAAAUGCUAAAAGAACCGAGACUCUACGAACCUUCGCAAAGUGCGCAAUUGUUUAACGUGAAAGUGUUUUGGCACUGGAUCCUUAACGCAUUGAUUCACUCAGCGGUACUGUACUGGCUGCCAAUGAGCUCCUACAUGGGCGACGUUAUAUGGAGUAAUGGGCGCGAUGGUGGUUACUUAGUGCUAGGCAACAUAGUAUAUACAUAUGUAGUUGUAACGGUUUGUUUGAAAGCAGGUCUCAUCACCAACUCGUGGACCUGGUUGACACACUGCUCGAUCUGGGGAUCAAUGGUGCUGUGGCUACUAUUUAUUUUCAUUUACAGUAACAUCUGGCCAACGUUACCGGUGGGAGCCGUGUUCACUGGUAUGGACGAUAUGGUGUUCUCGUCACCGGUGUUUUGGCUAGGUUUGUUGCUAAUCCCGGCCACUGCAUUGCUGCCGGAUGUGAUUGUUAAAGUGAUAAAAACUCACAAACAAGAGAAGAAACUUGCGCCACCCAUCAAAGAAUCGAGAUCUUCAUUAACCGAAACCGCAAGACUUCUGCGAAACGUACGGCGGGUCUUCACCGGAAGAUCGCACGCAACCGAAAAUAAAGAACUAGAGUUGAAGCAUGGAUUUGCGUUUUCCCAGGAAGAACAUGGAGCUGUUCGGCAGGCCGACGUUAUCCGGGCGUACGACACGAACCUGCCGAAACCGGAUGGAAACUGAGAGUGCCACGGUUGCGCGUACUGUUACGACAAAUACUAUACUGUGUGCUGAGACGGAGCCAGUUCCGGCUGCUUCGACGACUGUCGUACCGUCGCAUUCGGAGAAAGUACGCCGAUCACAACAUGCCGAUACCGGCUUGA